AUGGCGCCCACAUUGGUUGCUCGUCUCUUCGCGCUGUGCCUGGCCGCCGCUGUUGCGGUGGACCCGUUGGACCUCGGCCUCGAGUACCCGUUGCACAUCUACGGCAACGGGUCGGCCCCGUUUUCGCAGCUCAUCGAGCGCACCGGCGCCUCCUUCAUCUCGGUGCAUUUUGUGUCGAUGGACCUUCCGGCCGGUGCUACCCUCAAGAUUGCGUCCUUGGACGGCGCCCAAGAAGUGUCGUAUCAGGGCCGCCACACCGAUCUCUUCUCGGCCACCCUCGCUACGGAUAGCGUCCGCGUCACGUACACGGCGCCUUCCUACGAGACGGCGGCCAAGUUUGAGAUCGACCACUUCAUCACUGGCAAGCCCGCGUCCAAGCUCGAAUCGGUGUGCGGCAAGGACGACUCGAAGCCAUCGAUGUGCUACGCCGAGUCGGAAAGCGCCAAGUUCAAAGCCAGCAAGGCCGUCGCGCGGCUCGUCAUUGGCGGCCGCUUCCUCUGCACGGGCUGGCUCGUGGGCUCCAAGGGUCAUAUGAUGACCAACUGGCACUGCAUUAAAGACGCAGCCAAGGCCGCCAACGUCCAAGUUGAGUUUGGCGCAAUGUGCCCGAGCUGCGACGACGCGCGCAACGACCGCGCGCUCAAGUGCGAAGGCGUCAAGGUGGCGUCGAGCGUCCACUUGCUCGUCUCGAGCAAGCGCCAUGACUUUGCUCUUGUGCAGCUCAACACGACGGUGGACCUUGCGCCCUACGGCCAUUUGCAGCUCCGCGCGUCGGGGCCUGUCUUGAACGAGACCGUGUACAUUCCGCAACACCCAUCCGGGCGGCCGCAGCGCCUCGCGAUUGUUACCGACGAUGACGCGCUUGGUACUAUCACGUCGCUGACCGAGAAGUCGUGCGACUAUGCUGACGUACUCGACCAAGACUUUGUCGGUCACCGCCUCGACACCCAAGGCGGUUCGUCCGGAUCUCCAAUUCUGACCACGCUCGACAACACGGUGGUAGCGAUCCACAACUGUGGCAGCGACGACGGCUGCACGCGACACACCAACGGUGGUGUCCGCAUCGACAACGUUCUCGCCUACUUGCGGGCAAACAACGUGUCGCUCCCGAACGAUGCCGUCGUCGGGGACCUUCCGUCGCCGACGCCAUCGACGCCGACACCGACGCCUGCACCAACAGCUGAGACCCCGGCGCCGACGACGGAGACACCGACAACACCCUCGCCUGCACCGACGACCGAAACACCGAUGACGCCAGAGCCGACCCCUUGCCCUAGCCCUAGCCCUACCCGCCCAAGCAAGGCCGUGCAGAUUCGCACCAAGCGCGGCAAGUACCUCUCCGAGUGGAACACGGGCCUCUUUGCGGAUGUGUGGCGCGGCAACUUGAACGAGCUCUUCGAGGUGGACGCAGUGACGCAGUCGAUCAAGUCGGUCAAGAACCAGCAGUGCUUGGACGCGUACCGCGACCACCGCCACGGACGGUACCGCCUCCACACGUACGCGUGCGACGCCAACAACGCCAACCAAAAGUGGAUCGUCGGCAACGGCCAGAUCAAGCACGCGACGCACGACAAUCUGUGCUUGGACGUCGACCCGACCAACGAGAGCCACGAAGCGCAGGUGUGGACGUGCUUUGAGCCCAACGACAAUCAACAAUUCGACGUCGUGUCCUUGCAGCCGUAAAUAUAUCG